AUGUCACAAAGAGAGGCAGAAAGCAUUAGCGGUACCAGUGUAGUGAUAGACGACGACGACGACGAUCUAGAUGCCCCUCUUCUCAGCCUAUCAAAAUGUUUGCUCUGUGGGGCUGCCUACUCUGCCAACGUUGGGGGUGUGGCUUCUUUGAUUGGCACCAGUCCUAAUUUGAUACUGAAAGCUCAGGUGGCGGAGCACGCUGAAAAGAGUGUAUCCACCCUCUUCAUCAUCCUCAUCUUCCUGUGGAUAUCUCGAGAGCCAGGAUUCGUCAAUGGAUGGGGAAUUUUUUUUAAACCAAAGUACAUCAGCGAUACCCAGGCAUCACUUCUCAUCGCAUUCUUACUCUUCAUCUUUCCGUCUAGAAGUUUCUGCGAAAGAUACAAAAAGAACAAAGGUCGUCAACAUGAUGCUGCUGCUAUUGCUGCUACUGCUGCGGCUGCUGUUGCCACUGAUGAUACCUUCGUCACCAAGAUGCCUUGGGAUAUUUUGUUUCUCCUCGGCGGGGGUUUCGCCCUCGCCAAAUCUAUCAGGGUGAUCAUGAUAAUGAUGAUGGACUCAAAACUGGACGAAGCGAUCGCCUCAAGUUUCACCCACCUAAAAAGCUUACCACCAUUUUUCAUGGUUAUGGUGCUCUGCCUGGCUACCUGCCUCACCACUGAAAUCGCCAGCAACGUAGCCACAGCCACCAUCUACAUCCCAAUCGUUGCUAAAUUGUGUGCUAACACAAAAUAUGUAAAAACAUUUCCUUACCAAAAACCAUGUGCCAAUUUUUUCAUCAUAAUCGGACUCAGCGUAUCCAAACCGGUUAGCAACAGCAGCAACAACAACAACAACUACAACAACAACAGCUACAACAACAACAACUACAACAACAACUACAACAAAUACAGCAACAGCAGCAACAACAACAACUACUACUACUACAACUACAACAACAACCACAGCAACAACCACAGCAACAACCACAACAACAACCACAACAACAACUACAACAACAACCACAACAACAUCAACAACAACUACUACAACAACUACAACAACCACAACAACAAUUACAGCAACAACAAUUACGGCAACAACAACCACUACAACAUCAACAACCAAGACACGUCGGGGAGGAAGACGACGAGGAUGUUUUCCAGCCCCAAGCACACCCCUUCCAACCUGCCCCUGUCCAGCCACGGCCUGCCAGAGUGGAAAGAGAUAGCGGAUUCGGGCAUCCUCCCGAAUAGAACGGCCGGUCAGAUCAAGGACAAGUGGAGGAUCAUGGCCGGUAUGCGAAGACAUUACAACAUCGCAGAGGAAGACCUCGCCCGAAGUCUAAAUGACCUUCGUCACCAACACGGGCUGUGA